AUGCUUCCAGGUGAGCAAGAACAAUUCUUGUCCUACAAUGGCGAAGUCCUUGUAUUUCAUCUGUCAAAAGAAAAAGAUGUGGAGGGAACAGACAAUAAAACAAUGAACUUGUGUGUCAGAAGAAUGGCGUUUGACGCGGACACUAAGCUGUUUGUCCAGAAGUCAUCUGGAGUGUUCACCAUGCGUGCCAGUCACUCAAAAGUUGAAAUAAUUUGUUGUAGCUGUACAACGGAUUCCAGGACAGGGAUCAUUCUUCCCUGCAUUUUGCUGAAAAAGAAAAAAUGGAAAAAGGUUGUCAAAUACAUUUUAUUGUUACUUCACAGCUCAAAUCAAUUUGAGCAGUCCUUUCAUUUUAAAUUGGAUUAUGAGCUGAAAGAAGACAUCUGGUUGUUUGCUGGCCCUUCAGUCUUGUGGAGGCAUGCCAACAAGCUGUUCUACAUCUCUUCCAGCACCUGCACAGUUCUAAGUGCUCCUGUUCAUCUUUCUUCUGUUGUGUGGACAGGUGAAGUUGAGGGUGAAGGCACUGUUGUCUUAGGGAUAAGAACUGCUUGCCUGCCAGAGAGCGAAGAUGAGGGUCUUUCCACUUCAGACAGAGCCAUCUGGGGUACUGAGUUUUUUGGAUAUACAGUCAAAACACAAAAGAUGCUAACUGGCACAUGCUUUAUGCCUCAUGCUUACAGCAGAGUGGUAUCUUCUGUCUACGUCUGCAAGAACACAAUGUUGAGAAAACAGCUCAGAAUAUCGCUUGUUGCCGUAACUCACAGGAAUCAGCUCCUUUGGUUCCAAGAUGGUCUCCCUAAAGGUGUUUGUGAUCUUCCUUAUCAGAAACCAUGUUCAGUAAAAACAGCUGUAACCAGUAACAAUGAUUUACUAUUUAUUGUGUCUUUUGCCUCUGGAAAUGUCUGUGUGGUACAGACAAGAGACAGUUUACAGGUGGCUUCCAAAUGGCAUAAAGUGAAGUCUGUUCUGGUGGAUGAUUUUAUUGGCUCUGGAAGUGAGCAACUGUUACUGCUUUUUAAGGAUGACUCCAAUGCAGACAUGUUAAGUACAUUCAAAUUAACAGAUCUUUCAGCGGUCAACUACUCAAGUGAUAUGAAUUAUAAACAUGAUGUUCCUGCUGCAGAAGGAUUGCAAGAGAAUGGUUUGCUUACUGUCCAAGCCCUUAAAACAAGACUACAGACAGGCCACACCUCUAUUCGAGAGCUACAGCAGCAUUUACGACUCAAAAAGAAGGUUAUUCUUGAAUCUUGCAGAGCAUUAAUAGAUCUUGUUGAAGAAAGAACUCAUAUUCUACCAACUGCAAAAGAGGAAGGUCUUGUCUCUCUCUGGGAUGAUGUAGAAAAUCCUCCUCAUUCUCUUAGUAAAGAGACAUUGGCACCUGAAGUCCCAGAGCACUUCAUAGAGAAAUUGUGGCAGCGUGUUGCGGAUGACAGCUUGGUCGUUGGAGUAAAACUAACUGAAUCAUUUUACCUGUCACUGAGCGAUGUCAGUUUAUCUUUAGUGAUGGAUCAAGACUCCUCUUCGGUAUCUCCGAUUAUCGAGUGUCGAAAUAAAAUCAUUAAGCUGAACAAAACCUUCUCAGCAUUGUCUGUCUCCUCGGGUCAAAUCGAACCUCCUCCAAAAAAGAUGAAAUUGGACUUGCAUAGCAAAAAUGAUCUGAAAAAAGAGUUUCCAAAGAGCUGUUCAGGGGUUCAGCUGGAUGGAACAAAUACAGUCGUUGCUGUUACCAGCCUGUCACCAUUGCUGGCGUUUCAUCGUGUGCGUUGCAUGGUUCUUCUACACGCAAAGAAACAAGACGGCCGGAAUGACAGCUCACAGGAGAGCAAAAAGAUUACUCUGCUCUGUGGGAAAGUUCUGUUAAAUCUGGAAGAUAUUUCAAAUGGGAAAUAUUCAGUAAAGAUGCUAAGGGAUGAUAGUUACUGUACAGGCUCUAUGGAAGAUAUACUUACGACCCUUGCAGUGUCUGUCAGAUUCUCCUUUCAGAUUGUGUCUUCUGACUACACACUGACUACAGUAAAUUCAUGGUUAUUGGGAGAAAUGGAGUGCACGCCAUUUAAAGAAUGCCAUGACAACAUGUUCUGUCAUAAAGCGGGAAAUGUGUAUGGUACAGUUUUUAAUUGGACCCUGAAAAACCCAUUUGAAGGAGUUCUAACAUUAUUUUGCAGAAAUCUGACUGUCUUGUUCCAGUGCCUUCAUAGCCUUACUAGAGUUCUCCCACCAAGCUCUGAUGUAAAACUUCUGAGAUCUGGAAGCAAAGGAUUACUCAGUGAACAGUUAGCACUGGCUUUGGAAAAAGAAAUGCUUACCUUGAGGAGCUCUUUCUUCUCAAAAGAAAGUAAAGCUGAAAACAGUUUAACAUGGGGGAAUGAGGCUGGCAAGAAAAUCACUGAUGUUCCUGUGGCUUUACUGGACAGUGAGGAAGGAGUUCAGCAAUUCAGAAAGAAGCUUCAGAAUGAACAGGAAGAGUGUGUGCUGAGUAUGAAUCAAACAAUGAAUGGUGCCCUUUACCAGGAAAUUGCUUUGAAAAUAGCAGAAGCUCAGCUCAGUUCAGAUAUGAUUGCUUGGAGACUGAGCAAGUCCUAG